CAAUGCUCGUCUGCUGUCAGGGAGCAGGGGAAGGCUGGGGAUAAGGAAAGGGCUUUCUGAGCAGGGCUACCACUCUGGCUGGGUGUCUCCGGCAGAUGCGCGGGGCCGGGGAGCCCCUGGUGCUCCCAUGGACCUUCCCAGCGGGAUGCUCCUCGCCUGCUCCCUCUGCCUUCUGCCCGGGCUCAGUGACGCCUUCAACAUCGACACCAAGAGGCCCAAAAUCAUCACUGGCUCUAAGGAUGCGUAUUUUGGCUACACAGUGCAGCAGCACGACAUUGGGGGCAAGAAGUGGCUGGUUGUGGGGGCCCCCUAUGAGACCAAUGGGCAGCAGAAGACAGGAGAUGUCUACAAGUGCCCACUGACCAGCGACGCUCACAGCAACUGCACCAAGCUCAACCUAGGAAGAGUCACUCUGUCCAAUGUGUCCGAGCGCAAGGACAACAUGCGCCUGGGGCUGAGCCUGGCCACCAACCCCAAGGACAGCAGCUUCCUGGCCUGCAGCCCUCUCUGGUCCCACGAGUGUGGCAGCUCCUACUACACCACUGGGAUGUGCUCCCGUGUCAACGCCAACUUUCGAUUUGCCAAGACGGUGGCCCCAGCGUUGCAAAGAUGCCAGACAUACAUGGACAUAAUCAUUGUUCUGGAUGGAUCAAACAGCAUAUACCCCUGGGUUGAAGUUCAGCACUUCCUGAUCAACAUCUUGAAAAAAUUUUACAUCGGGCCCGGCCAGAUCCAAGUUGGAGUUGUUCAGUAUGGAGAAGAUGUGGUCCACGAGUUCCAUUUGAAUGACUACAGGUCUGUAAAAGACGUGGUAGCAGCUGCCAGCCACAUAGAGCAAAGAGGAGGGACAGAGACCAGGACUGCCUACGGGAUAGAGUUUGCACGCUCGGAAGCAUUUCAGAAAGGUGGCCGGAAAGGGGCAAAGAGAGUAAUGAUUGUAAUCACAGAUGGAGAAUCGCACGACAGCCCAGAUCUGGAGAAGGUGAUUGAGGACAGCGAGAAAGACAACGUCACCAGAUACGCGGUGGCUGUGCUGGGUUAUUAUAACAGAAGAGGAAUCAAUCCCGAAGCCUUUCUGAAUGAAAUUAAAUUCAUAGCGAGCGACCCUGACGACAAACACUUCUUCAAUGUCACGGACGAAGCGGCGCUCAAAGACAUCGUGGACGCCCUGGGGGAAAGGAUUUUCAGCCUGGAAGGAACCAACAAGAAUGAAAUCUCCUUUGGAUUGGAGAUGUCCCAGACUGGAUUCUCAUCACACAUUGUGGAGGAUGGCAUCCUGCUGGGUGCUGUAGGUGCCUACGACUGGAAUGGGGCCGUGCUGAAGGAGACCAGCAGUGGGAAGGUGAUCCCACUGCGUGAGUCCUACCUGCAGGAGUUUCCUGAGGAGCUGAAGAACCACGGCGCGUACCUCGGUUACACCGUCUCCUCUGUUGUGUCCACUGCGCGCGAGAGGCUCUACGUCGCGGGAGCACCCAGGUUCAACCACACUGGGAAGGUCAUCAUCUUCACCAUGCACAGCAACCGCAACCUGACCAUCCACCAGGCGCUGAAAGGAGAGCAGAUUGGCUCCUACUAUGGAAGUGAGAUCAACUCCCUGGAUGUGAAUGGCGACGGUGUCACAGACGUUCUGCUGGUGGGAGCCCCCAUGUACUUCAGUGAAGGCAGGGAGAGGGGCAAAGUCUACGUCUACACCCUGCAAGAGAACCACUUUGUCUCCAGCGGGGCCCUCGAGGACCUGCAGAGCUACCAGAACUCACGCUUCGGCUCCUGCAUUGCUGCCGUGCCUGACCUCAACCAGGACUCCUACAAUGAUGUCGUCAUUGGGGCACCUUUGGAAGAUGACCACCAAGGAGCAAUCUACAUCUUCCUUGGCUUUGAGGAGACCAUCCUGAAGAAGUACAAGCAGCGAAUAGCAGCUGCAGACCUCAGACCAGGCCUGAUGUAUUUUGGAUGCAGCAUCCAUGGACAGCUGGACCUGAAUGAAGACGGGCUCAUAGAUUUGGCUGUUGGCUCCCUGGGGAACGCUGUGGUGCUAUGGUCCCGCAGCGUUGUCCAGAUCAAUGCCAGUAUCCGCUUCGAGCCCCCCAAGAUUAACAUCUUCACCAAGGACUGUAAGCGCAAUGGGAAGGAUGCCACCUGCAUGACAGCCUUCGUCUGCUUCACUGCCAUCUUCCUCUCAGCACACUUCCAGACAGCCAGCGUGGCGCUGAGGUACGAGGCGGCCAUCGACGAGCGGCGGUACGCCCCGCGGGCGCUGCUGGAUGAGAGCGGUGAGCGGCACGCACAGCAGGCACUGGUGCUGCCAGCAGGGCAGGAGCACUGUGAGACGCUGCGCUUCCAUGUGCUGGACACAGCUGACUAUGUGAAACCAGUGACAUUCUCCAUUGACUACGAGCUGGAGCAUCCUGAGAGCGGCCCUGUGCUGGAUGAUGGCUGGCCCACCUCGCUCCGGGUCUCGGUCCCUUUCUGGAACGGAUGCAACGAGGAUGAGCACUGUGUCCCUGACCUGGUCCUGGAUGCCCGAAGUGAUGUGCCCAGUGCCAUGGAGUUCUGCAGCAGAGCCCUGCGCCGUGCAGCGCCCGCCUGCUCUGCCUUCAGCCUCUCCUUCGACACUUCAGUCUUCAUCAUUGAGAGCACCCGCAGGAGGGUGGCUGUGGAGGCAGUGCUGGAGAACCGCGGUGAGAACGCCUACAGCACUGUGCUCAACAUCUCCUUCUCCAGGAACCUGCAGUUCGCCAGCCUCGUCCCCAAGGAUGACACAGACAUCAACAUCGACUGUGCGACCGAAGAGAAGCACCCCAACAAGAGGGUCUGCAAUGUGAGCUACCCCUUUUUCCGUGCCAAAGCCAAGGUGGCUUUUCGCCUGGAUUUUGAGUUCAGCAAGUCAGUUUUCCUGCAAAGCAUGGAGAUCUACCUGGUUGCCAACAGUGACAGCGAGGAGAAGGAGAGCACCAAAGAGGACAACGUUGCCCACCUCAACUUCCAGCUGAAGUAUGAGGCCGACCUGCUGUUCACCAGGACAUCCAGCCUGGACUACUAUGAGAUCAGAUCCAACAGCUCCCUGGAGAGAUACGACAGCAUCGGUCCCCCCUUUCACUGCAUCUUCAAGCUGCAGAACCUGGGCUUCUUCCCCGUGGAGGGGGUGACCAUCAAACUCACCGUCCCCGUGGCCACCAGGGCUGGCAACCGCCUCCUGCUCCUCACCGAGUUCCUGGUGGACCAGGAGAACACAACCUGCAACAUCGGGGGGAAUAACACCGACUACCGCCACACACCGACUGAGGAGGACCUGACCCGCACCCCGCUCCUGAACCACAGCAACUCCGACAUCAUUUCCAUCGACUGCAAUGUGAAAUUGGCCCCCAAUGAGGAGAUGAACCUCCACCUGCGUGGCAAUCUGUGGAUGAAAUCACUGAAAGCACUGAAGUUCAAGUCACUGAAGCUGACCACCAAUGCUGCCCUCCAGCGACAUUUUGGGAGCCCCUUUGUGUUCCGUGAGGAGGAUCCCAGCCGCCAGAUAACGUUCGAAAUCUCCAAGCCAGAGGAGUGGCAGAUCCCCAUCUGGAUCAUCCUGGGCAGCACGCUGGGGGGGCUCCUGCUGCUGGCACUCCUGGUUCUGGUGCUCUGGAAGCUCGGCUUUUUUCAGAGCGGCAGCCGCCGGCGGGAGGCGGAGGAGCAGCAGCGGAGCGCAGCGGUGCUGGAGUGAUGCUGGCGGGGGGUUGGGGGGCCUCUCGCUGCCUCCUGGGCGCAGCGCCCACCACCCCUCUCGGUGCUGGGAGAGCCGGGGGUGCAUCGGGACGAGGGUGCUUGCC